AUGAGAGAGGCUUUUCCCCAAAUCAUUUCCAUUCGAUCGCUUCGGAGGAAAGUGUGCGCGGGGUGUGGUGUACCGCUCCAAUUCCAUCCGAAAAUCCGGCCGGAUCUUCCAGCGCCGCCAGGAAAGUUCUCGCAGGUUUGGGUGUCCAGUGGCGAAUUUUUUCUUCGAUUCGAUCGCUACAACACCGCGCCGCAGCAGCACAGCGCAGUGAUGGAUCAAGGAGGCAGCGGCGGUGGCGCCACUGGCGCCAGCGCGAGGAGGAGCAGGCCCUCGGCGCUCAAGAUGAGCAAGGAUUCCAGGGCGAUCCGCAAGCCGCCGGUGCCGCUGCCCGUGGUGCAGUACCGGCAGCCCGUGAUCAUCCACACGUACUCCCCCAAAGUGAUCGAGACCGACGCCACCAAUUUCAUGUGGCUCGUCCAGCGCCUCACCGGAUCAUCGGACACCCGGAUGCGAUGCAAGAGCUCCAAGCCGGCAGUGCUGCCCACCUUCAUGCCCAGCAGCCCAUCCCACUCGCCCAGAUCCAUGCCCACCACUGCCAGGAAUUCCUCUCCUUGGAAGCGGGAGAUCGUGGAGGAGGAGACAGUGAUCAAUCAGCGCCACCGCCACCAAUUAUCCGGCUCGCCCAGCAGCGAGGAAGCCGAAGAUCCAGAGCUCCUCCGCUCCUCCUCCGCCGGGGACGACGAUUCCUCCUCCAUUUCCGACCUGCAGCAGCAAUUCAAGGUGGAGCACCUCCUCCUCUCGCCGGCAUCCAGCUCCGACUCGGGCAAUCCCUUCCACCGCCUGGCGAAUCCACUGCUCGCGUCGCCGAAAAGCCCCCUGGUCAGCUUCGAUGCCGCGGGGCUCGCGUUUGGAGAUCAGCACCGCCAGUUCCUCCCCAAUCCCUUCUCCACCUCCUCCUCGCUCGCUUCCAAUGGCGAGCCAUCGGUCUACGUUCCACAGAUGACGAUCCAGCAGCAGCAGCCAUGGUCGCCCAUUUUCACUCCCAGUGGAAUCUCCCACGCGGACUUCCUCCCCGAGUUCGAUCUCUGGACGACGAUGAGCUCCUCUUCUUCCGAGUUUCACGGCCUCUCUCCUCGCAGCAGGCUGUUUGGGCCGAUGCAGUCGCCCGCCACCAUGGCUUUCCGGGACAUGGCCUUCGCCUUCGUCAAGGACUAGAAAGGAAGACGAAAGGUUCGGUCUUGGUUUCCUCCUUUCCAGUUUUUGGAUAGCUCAAUCGCUGUUCCUUCUCCGAGAGGACGAUGAGGCUGGCGUACUUGUACAUAAGAAAUCUUCCACUUUCGACAGGUUGGAAUCGAUAAUUUCUCAGUCUCGUCCUGCCGAUAGAGUUCAUCCUCGACCGGGGUUUUUGUGUCGAUCAAGCUUUGUUUCGCUCUUUCAGUCCUCGAUAAAGAUAGUUUUUUGUGUUCUUGGGCA